AUGGGUAACCGACCAUCACUCCCCGGAGACAAGAAGAAGGACGACAAGAAGAACGAGAAGCCCAAGUAUGAGCCUCCCGUGAACACACGAUCGCAUCGAAAGAAGAAGAAGGGCCCCGAAAACGCCAACAAACUGCCCGGCGUGUACCCCACGACACGAUGCAAGCUCAAGCUGCUCAAGAUGGAGCGAAUCAAGGAUCAUCUGCUGCUGGAGGAAGAGUUUGUGCAGAAUCAGGAGCGUCUCAACCCGCUGGACGACAAGGUUGCCGAGGAGCGAUCAAAGGUUGACACUCUGAGAGGUUCUCCCAUGGGCGUGGGCACUCUGGAGGAGAUCAUCGACGACGAUCAUGCCAUUGUCUCGUCCACUUCUGGCCCCGAGUACUACGUUUCGAUCAUGUCUUUUGUUGAUAAGGAUCUUCUAGAACCCGGCUGUUCUGUUUUGCUGCACCACAAGACUGUGUCUGUCGUUGGAGUGCUGCAAGACGAUGCCGACCCCAUGGUCUCGGUAAUGAAGUUGGACAAGGCCCCCACAGAGUCGUAUGCCGAUAUUGGAGGUCUGGAGUCGCAGAUUCAGGAAAUUAAGGAGUCCGUGGAGCUGCCACUCACACAUCCAGAGCUCUAUGAAGAGAUGGGUAUCAAACCCCCCAAGGGAGUCAUUCUUUACGGCGCUCCCGGAACCGGAAAGACACUGCUGGCCAAGGCCGUCGCCAACCAGACUUCUGCUACAUUUUUGCGAAUCGUUGGAUCCGAGCUGAUCCAAAAGUACUUGGGAGACGGUCCCCGACUGUGUCGACAGAUUUUCCAGAUUGCCGCAGAACACGCACCGUCCAUUGUUUUCAUCGAUGAGAUUGACGCUAUUGGAACCAAACGAUACGAGUCGACGUCUGGCGGAGAGCGAGAGGUGCAGCGGACCAUGCUGGAGCUUCUGAACCAGCUGGAUGGAUUCGACGACCGAGGAGACGUCAAGGUAAUUAUGGCUACAAACAAGAUUGAGUCGCUGGACCCUGCACUGAUUCGACCUGGUCGAAUCGACCGAAAGAUUCUGUUUGAGAAUCCCGACUCCACCACCAAGCGAAAGAUUAUGGGCAUCCACACCUCCAAGAUGAACCUCAACGACGAUGUUGAUCUCGAGGAGUUUGUGUCUUCCAAGGAUGAACUUUCUGGAGCCGACAUCAAGGCCAUGUGCACCGAGGCAGGUCUGCUUGCUCUGCGAGAGAGACGAAUGCGGGUCACUGCUGAGGAUUUCCGAACCGCUAAAGAGCGGGUCAUGAAGAACAAGGUGGAGGAGAACCUUGAGGGUCUCUACCUGUAA